UCCGGCCCGAGGCAUCCGGGCCAGCGAAGAUGUCGGCUUCUUUAGUCCGAGCCACUGUCCGGGCUGUGAGCAAGAGGAAGCUGCAGCCCACCCGGGCCGCUCUCACCCUGACACCUUCAGCAGUACACAAGAUAAAACAACUUCUUAAAGAUAAGCCUGAACAUGUAGGUGUGAAAGUUGGUGUUCGAACCAGGGGUUGCAAUGGCCUUUCUUAUACUUUAGAAUAUACAAAGACAAAAGGAGAUUCUGAUGAAGAAGUUGUUCAAGAUGGUGUCAGAGUGUUCAUCGAGAAGAAAGCACAGCUAACCCUUUUAGGAACAGAAAUGGACUAUGUAGAAGACAAGUUAUCCAGUGAGUUUGUGUUCAAUAACCCAAACAUCAAAGGAACAUGUGGCUGUGGAGAAAGCUUUAAUAUCUGAAAUCUCAGGACUCCUCUUGGCUAUGAGAUCCAGUGAUGCUCACGGAAACUUUGGG